UUUUUUUCGCUGCACGUCCUACGUUUCGGCGCUCUUUCGGUUCGUCUGGUGCGCAUUGUGUCAUGGCUUGUCGUGCUUACGUUACGUCCAAGUCAGACAUUCGUCGUAAAAAGCGAGCGGGAAGCCUCGUUCGGUUAACUUUGUCCUUCUUAAAUAUGCACUUGCUUUAGUUGUGUUUGUAUUUGUUUUAAUUGUGUAUUUUGCGACCCAUAUUCGCCCUACUUUAGCUCGCUGGCGGCGUAUCCCCAUGAAGGAUUUGCUUCCACGCAUGCGCCAAAACCGCUAACCUGUCUGUUGACCUCACCUGGGUUUAGAUUAGUUUAAUUUGAGCUAAAAUAGCGACACGUGGACUCGCCACGUUCAUUAAAAUGCAGACAACGUGACUGUUGCGUCUGUACUGAACGUCAUUCAUGGCUAUAUGAGUGAAUGUAGGUGGUGUUGUGGCUACUGGAAGGAAGUGAAGUCUUGUUUGUUGUCCCAUGUGUAUACAUUUCAGGCCAUUGCACAUUGAAUUUUCAGAUGAAACUACAGUGCAUCACAAAACAAAGCAUUCAGCCCACAGCUCGUGCAUGACAAGACGGAAGAAGUCAUGUCUUCAACAGUGGACCUCAAGACCAAGGAGGAGAAGGACGCUGAGUUGGACCGAAGGAUUGAAGCACUGAGGAAGAAGAAUGAAGCUCUGGUCAAGCGCUAUCAAGAAAUCGAAGAGGAUAAGAAAAAGGCAGAACAGGAGGGAAUUGCCAUCACCACACCACGGAAACCCCGCGCCCAUGAGCCGGCGGAGACUGGAGACCGUAGAAGGAUGGAGAAAGAAAACUUCACAAUCACGGUGGACGUCUCCAAGUCGCCUGUGGGGGGAGACAAGCGCGUAGUGGACGACUGGAAGCCCGCCACACCCCGCGGGCGGAGGGCGUCGGAGGAAGGUGAUACCACCCGAGGACCCACCGACAACCGCAGUCCCCCAAGGAGGACUGGCUCUGGGCGUAUGGCGAGGGGCGGGACGCCCAGAGGAGGAGGUGGGAGCCGCCAGGAGAGGAGAAUACGGGAACCACGUACGCCCAGAGAUGGAGAGCAGGGUGAAACGGGGGGGCGGCGAGGAGGCAGGAGGGGAAGAGGAGGAGGGGGACCAGGAAGAGGAGGAGGAGAUGCAGAAGGGACACCAGGCGGCGUGGACAGGAAGUCCAAAGAAUGGGAGGAGAAGAGACGACAAAACAUUGAAAAAAUGAACGAGGAAAUGGAGAGAAUAGCGGAGUAUGAACGAGGACAGCGGGCUGACGGCGAUAAGCCCCUCCGCAACUUCCUGGACGACCCGCGUCGCUCCGGCCCGGCUCUCGACACUGACCGCAAGGAGGGCAGCCGCAGACAUGUCCGCAACUGGGGCGGGCUAGACUUUGAUAACGUCAAGACUGGCGGCGAUCUGGAGAAAGAGUGGACUAGUCGACGACCCGGCCCAAAAGGCUCAAUGGACAUGACCAUGUCCAUGACAGGCCGCGAGCGAGCGGAGUACUUGCGUUGGAAGAAGGAGCGCCAACAAAUCGACGAGGAGCGACUGGCACGUCAUCGCAACGCCACCGGACAGUGGAGGCGGGAGUGGGACAUGCAGAAAACCGACAACAUGUUCAAGGAGGAAGCGAAUGUGGCGGCAGAGGGCAGCACACCAGAACAGGGUGGCAGGAGAGACGAUGGCAAGCGACCCCCCAAAGUGCCCACAUUCGGUGACUUCCUUUCCCAGGGCAGGUCCCAGGGGCUCCGUGGGGAGCGGAACAGAGGGAAGGGCAGAGGAGGGAAACCCAGCUACAGUAUGCAUGACAACCGCUGGGAAGGCGAGAAAGAAGACGAGGAGAAGGAGAAGAAAGACAAACCUAAGCGAGAAAAGAAGAACACGGUCAUACCGGAACCAGAGCAGAAGGUGGAGGAGAUGGAAGAUGAAGACCAAGUGGAAGAUGACGAGCAAGACGACGACCAGUGGGAAGACGCCAGCGAGGGUGAGGAGGAAGUGUCUGACGAAGAAUGCAAGAAAGAUGACGGGAAAGAGGAGGUCGGCGAAGACGGCUCCCCUGCCGAAAGCCCCCUUGAAAAGCGUACCCCGAGACCCAGGGUGCACAUCCCCUCACCCCAGCCGGCCUCGCAGAAUCCCCUGGAGGCGGGGAAGCCCGUCAGCCCCUUCCAGCUUCCAGAUGGACACCAACCUGUGUCAGACUGGGGGGAAGAGAUGGAGAUGCUUUCGCCAAGGAGUAGCAUGGGAGGGGAAAGCCCCCUGAAAUCCCAAAGUUCUGAGAGCAGUCCCCCACAGAAGAAAGAGCAAGAACAGACAGUCAAACGCAUUGAGCAAGACAAAGUCUCUUCAGUCACCCCGGUGGGUUCGUCACCUCCAGGAGCGACAGAAGUCCUCGCGUCAGAAGCAGACUCCGUUCCCGCAGACACAUCAAUAGAGCCGCUGCCUCAACUGGCUCCGUCCGACAUGCCUGACGUCACCAAACAUGAGCAAGAUGCGGCCAGCGCGCGAGGCAAAGCUGAUAGUCCAUCACCGGCAACACCCACUGUCCUGGUGAGCGAGGCCACUGACGAAGGAAGCACAACUGAAGCAAAAAGGGGGAAAGACGACCGUGAUGAAAACAACUGUAACGCGUGCGACGUAAAAACUGAUGUUGCUACCACAUCGGAGGGGUCAUCGGAACAGCCCAUCGCAGACUGAAUUCGACAAUGUUGGAGCGAUGUCCCCCCAAAAUAGGGCGGAAGAUACCUUGCAGCAAGGAUUUUCACACUGUCUGACUGCAGAGAAGGUUGUCUCAUCGCUGUUUAGAUCUUUCUCACUUGUUUUCCCCUAUGUCAGAGGGGAAAGAAUCAACAAAAGGAGCUGCUGGAAUCAGCUGAAGCCACGCCCUCUUCACAUGAAGUCAACCAAUUACAAGGCUGCAGUGAGUUUUUACUCUUUUGUAUGCCUUAGUUCUUUUAAGACACUUUUGUACUACUUUUUAUCGCUGAGGGAGAAAGUAUUAUAACUGUCUGACUUAUGACUGCUGUAUAGUCAUACGUACAUUUUAAAUGAAAGAAAAAGACUUAUGAAUCGUACCGUCCUGAAAAUUGUAUGUUUACCGCAAAAUCCAUAUUAUUGUAUAAAUUGCCACUCGGAGUAGAUCAUGUAAAGUGGGCAGGAAAAUUAGGGAUGUCCCGAUCUGAUCCGUGAUUGGAAAUCGGGCCGAUUGCACCAUUUUUCAGAGGAUCGGAACCAGGUGAAAAGGAUCGGGUUUUUAAUUGUAAAAGUGUAUUUGUUUUUUUGCUGUUUUUUUGUCAGCAGUGCAGCUGGAGUUGGCUAGUUAACCUUUUAACACCUGAGCCUAUUUUGUCUGAAUUUGCAUGCCUUCAAUGUUGCCUUUAUAUUUCAAAGGAAAAAUUGUUCACAUUGGCCAGACACCUUAACCUUCAUAUCCAAACUGUCGUUUUCUUCACCGACCAAUUAUAAUCAACAUUUUGGAUUCAAAAAGUAAAUAAAAAUUUUAAAAAAUCCCAAAAUUUUUUGGUCAAAAUUUGUAAUACUGAUGUCCCAUUGACAACCAAACAUGCUCAACGAAACAUUUUGAAGCUUAAUAAUAUUUAUUUAACUUGUUAGGAUAAACAUUCAAAAGAGAAAAAUGAGACCGAAACGUUUUAUAUUUGAAAAUUCAACAGAAACAGCAGGUAUGGUCAUCUGCGUUUUUGUUCUUUCGACAUAUUAUGGUCAAAACAGGUUAUAUACAGUUGACCAACAUUGUAAAAUAGUGAAUACAUACAGUAUAUGGCGGAAAACACAGACAAGGCUGAAAAAGCAGUUUCUGCUCUUGCACCACUCUUUAAAACUGCUGUAUUUUAAGCCAAAAGAACUGCCGUGUUUGAUAGAAAAAUAUGUCUAGAUGUUGCCAUAGCAGUUUUAUGGCGCAUUAAGCCCCCCCAAACUAUUUUUAAUUUGUCCGUUUUAGCCUGAAGACCCCCGUUUACAGACACCGCGCAACCGCUUUGUUUCAACCCAGCCAUAAAAAGAAGCUAAGUAAUAAUAUUUACCAUUCGAAAUGCCUGUCAUUUUAGCUUAGAAUCAUUAAUUGAUGUCUGAUAUUGUUUAAAAAAAAAAAAAAAAAAAAAGACUUUACAAAAUUGAUUCACUUUCAUAUUUUAAACUUUUAAACAAAUUACGUCACAAUGAAAAAAAAAGUGUCUGCAAAUCAGUAACGGAUCUCUACCUUAUAACCAGGGGUGCACAUAUUUUUUUUGCCUAGGUUCUCGGAGGAAGACCUGGAGAUGUGACUUGUCCCUCACUGAGCUUGAGAGCCAACCCGCCUGAUGCGAUAAAAUUAUGACAAGCUUUACUUAGAGCCAAUUACCUUAAAUUAAUUAUAUAAACAAUUAACGCUUGAUUAACAUCAACUGGCACAACAAAAUUGCCAUUACUUUGAAGUGAAAUGUAAAGAAAUAAACAUAAAAGCACUAAUUCAAAAUAAAGGGCAUUCAUAUGCGGCUCCCACAUUAACUCAAAGCCUUUGUAAAAGUGGGAUGUCCUCCUCAUAAGAGCUCAUUGAACGUGCAUGUUUAGCUUUGUGAAAUGCGAGCAAAAACACGUUUGUCAGUGCAUGGCGCUGUUCUUCAAUAACCUUUUCCCGCCACUUGUCCAUAGGGCGAGUGGGGUCCUGUCUGACAUCGAUAGUUUGCUUAAUUGCCUUAAUUUCGUGCUUUUCAAAGUUUGGAUGGCUAAAAUUCUUUGACCCUACAAAAAAAUGCGCUGCUCUUAUUAACGACAUUGGGAUUCUCACGGCAAAUGUUGCACCACAUUUCCGUGCGAGCAUCACUUGCUUCUAGCCAUGGUACCUCCUGCAGCCACUUUUCAGCAAGUCCUUUUUUCCGGUACCUCCGGUGACGUCUCUGUCGUCUGUCCGUCUUUUGACGGGAGCAGGGGAACACGGAAAUAAUUACUCAGUGGGGCCUGCCUCUUUGACAUUUUGAGAAGUGAUUUUCUCGUGUCCGCCGCAAAUACAGUGGUCAGCCAUCGGUACGCAAAAGCGUGUGGAAGCCGUCGAGGGCCAGCGCGUUUGUCUGCGUCCACUUAUGUGCACCCCUGCUUAUAACUAUCGCUUAAUUGUAUUUUUUUGUUACUGUUGUUACUGUAUUUUAGAUGAUAAAUAAUCCAUCCAAGCAAAAAAAAAUUUGGGGGAAAAAAGGGUAAAUACAGUGGGGCAAAUAAGUAUUUAGUCA